AUGUUUUGGGAGUGUCAUGUAGUUACAUCAUCAAUUGAUAAAUUACUUGAUCAACCAUCAGAUAGUAUUAAUUUACAAGAUUUUCUUGAUGAAAAUGAUUUAAUACAAGAAUGUCUUACACAAAAUAAUCGUCUUCUUGAUUAUCUUGUACAAGGACAUAUUAUGAAUGAAUUAAUUGGUUAUAUUAUAAAAAAUCCAAUAGAUAAUAAUUUUCAUAAUGCACAAAUUGUUAGUGAAUUAUUAUCUGGUGAUUUUCAACGUAUACAAGACAAAUUACUUGAAAAAGAACAUUUAGAUUUAUUAUAUUCAUUUUUAUUUUCAAAUGAAAUAAAUAAAUUAUCAACAGUUAAUCCAAUACUUGCUUCAUAUUUUUCACGUAUAAUUAUGACUUUAGUUAUACGAAAACCUAAUGAAUUAAUUAAUUAUUUUAAAACUCGUGAAACAUUUAAAGAUGAUUUUUUCCGUCAUCUUGAUUCAACAUCAAUUACAGAUGUUUUAUAUCGUUUAAUUGCUGAUUGUGGUGAUCAACGUUCUGAAGCUAUUAAAUGGUAUGAAGAUAUUAAUUUAAUUGAUGGUCUUAUUCAACAAUUAUUAAUAACUGAAUCAACCUAUACUCAAACGAAUAUUGUUAAUUUACUUGGUGAAUUUAUACGUUUAGCUUUUGAUCAACAUAAUGGAAUUGAUAAUGAUUUUCAACGAAAUAUAGAUACAACAUUAUCAUCAUCAACAAUGGAAUGUCUUCCUCAUAAUGCCAAUGAAAAUGAUGAAGACUUAUCACCGUUUAAUCGAGUUUCAUCGGAUAAUGAUACUGAAGAUACAUCAACGGAUAAUCAAACUGAUGAUAAAUUCACACCAUUAAUUCUUGCUCAACAUAUUUUAUCAAAAACAAAUUUAGAAAAAUUAUUUGAUACACUUAACAAACAACCAAUACUUGUUGCAAAUGGAUGUGAUUUUCUUAUAACUGUUUUUGAUUUACUCAGUCGAUAUAUAUCUCUACCACAAUGCAUUCCAUUAACAUCAUUUAUAGAAGGAAAAUCAAUAUUAAUAAACGAAAUUUCUCCAUCCGAUAAAGAAGAAACUGAACAAAUGCAGAUAAACGACGAAGGAGAUACAUUACAAGUGAUAAAAUCUCGUGAGAGAUCGUCAGAUGAAACAAAUGCAGAUGCAUUAAAAAAUCUUUUAGCUAAUGUUAAAGAUCCUCGUAUUCAAAUUUAUUCAAUUUUACUUGAAGUAAUUCCUUCUCGAUUACCAUCUUUAAUUGCUUUACUUUCAAAUCCAUCGGCACCAUUAAUACCAUCAUCACCAUCACAAGAUAAUUCACAAACAGUAAAAUAUCAAUUUAUUAGUGAACCUCUUGGAGCAAUACGUCUUAAUUUGAUCAAAUUCUUUUCAAAAUUAAUCCAUACAAUUUCAAAUGAUUAUACCGGUGAUUAUAUCUAUCAGAUAUUAAAUUCCAAUCGUUUAUUUUAUAUAUUAAUUGAUCUAUUUUAUCAUCAUAUUUACAAUAAUUUUCUUCAUACACAAGUAUAUCUAAUUCUUCGCUUAAUUUUUCAUAUUAAUUCAUUGGCUGUUAAACAACCAAAUGAUAUAUGGACACGUCUACCACUUAAUGAUCAACUAAAAUCAUCAGAAUCAGAGCUUCCUAAUUCUUCAUCAUUUCAUUAUACAAAUCGUUGUUCAUAUAAAUUAUUUCAAUCAUUAUUAAAUUCAUCUCAAGUUAAUCUAAUCGAACGUUUACUUGAUCAAUAUGAAUUAAAUAUUGCAUCGAGUAAAUCAAUAUUAACAAGUUCAUCAUCUGAUGAUGCUAUCACAUCUUCUUUACUUCAUACACGUUUUACAUCACCAAAUUCAGGUCAUGUUGCUCAGAUACUUCGUUGUUUACGUGAAUAUGCAACAAUAUUUGAUAAUUAUUCAAAAUUUUUAAAAAAUAAUGAUCAACAACAAAUUGAUGAAAACACAAAUAUACUUGAAAUACGUUGGGAAACAGCACUUGAUUAUCUUAAUGAGGAUGAAAAAAAAUGUUCAGCUAUGCAUCAUCAUGAACAAAAUAGUACAAAUUGUUUUCGUUUAAAUUCAUCUGUAAAUGCUAUGACACAUAUCAAUAAUGUAUUUAAUUCAAAUGAUAGUAGUGAAGCAAAUCAACGACGACAAACAUUUCAUAAGAGAUCAUUUGGUAGUAGUGGAGCACCUUAUAUUGAUGAUGACGACGAUGAUGAUGACGAAGUCGAGCGAUUUGAUAUUGAUGAUGAAUUAAUGAAUAAUGAGCAAACAGCAGGCGAACGAAAAUUAGCUGAAAUGAAAAAAGUUUCUUUUGAACCUCAAUUUCCACCUGUAUUUGAUGAACAAUCACUUUGGCAUCAACAAGAUGAUACCGACAUGAUAAAAACUCAUCAUGAUAAUGAAGAUAAUGAUAAUAUGAAAAUGACAUCAGCUCCUCCAUUACCUGAUCUAUUUGAAAAUUAUCGAAAACAACAAGAAAAAUCAGCAUCAUCCACAGAAUCUAGUUUUGAACAGCUCUGUUCCUUACGAGCUAAUGAUCAUGGUAGUGGUCCUAGUAUUUUUCCAUUCCAAUCAUCAUCAUCAACAGUUCGUGAUGAGGUAGAAGAAGGACAAGAUGAAUAUUGA